CUGCAAAUUCCCCCUCUUGAAAUCACGCUGUGUAAGAUAAACCUUGCAAUAAGAUUGUAGAAUUUCCAUCCUGCAAUCUGACCAGAAUUUGGAACUUCCACCUUACGAAAGGAUGUUUCUUCUGCCAGGUCUGAGUAUCUUCUAUUUACUCUUGGUGGUUUUAAUAGGGUGUUCCUGUCAGCAGUGCACGGAAGGCAUCAAGUACACAGAUGCAAUACUUCCCAAUUUAGAAACAACUAAAAUUAUGCGGGUCCCGCGUGCUGCGUCCAUGUCAGAUUGCCUGGCAGCCUGUUGCGAUCUUUCAGAUUGCGACCUAGCCUGGAUGUUUGAGCGGCAUUGCUACGUAGUCAGUUGCCAACCUAAAGGAAAUUGUGAGCCCAAGAAAAUGGAGAAGGUGAAGUCCUAUCUGACCUUCGUGGUCAGAGCUCCCCAGAGACCAGCCACUUUGCUCGGAUACGGGCAGGUGCCAUCCAAUGUGAUCCGCUCCAUGGCAUUGACAAGUGACCCCUCUGAGGAAAUUGGUAGCCUGAAGGAGAUCUCCUUCCUCAGCAAAGAGCACAGUCUUGAGGACUAUGCCAGCGAAUAUGGUGAGAUGGAUCAGAAUCCUUUUCAACUUGGCCUCAAGCCUGAGGAGAAGGAGGCCAUUAACUAUGCCGAUUGGGGAUCAGUGGUGACCACUGAAAACAGCUUCAAUUCUUCAGGACUCAGUAAUGGAGACAAACAGGAAGAAGUCCCUCAAAACGAGGAAGUUUAUUUGGAAAGCACUUCAAAUGUAAACACCUCUGAACAUAUUCCUACCACUGAACAUCCUGAAAAGUUGACAGAUGUUUUGGGCUUGCUGGAUAAAUCUGCAAAUGAUUUUGAUUUUCAUCCAACUAAAAAUGAAGUGAACAGAAGCUGGGAGGAGGAGGUUGCAACACCUCCCCAUAAUCCUCCUUCUUCAGGAAUUCUGGGAUUUUUCUCCACUAUCCCACCACAUACUGAAGUGUCCAACACAGAUAAUUUCAUAAAAACUAAACCCACAACAUUUCCCACCAGUGCUCAUAGCACUGCAUGUUGUGCGACAGGUGAAGUUACAUUUUCCACAACGAUCCCAAAAACAGAAUCAGACUAUAUUUACGAAUGGAGCUUGAUGAGUUACCCUGACAGCUACGAUGGUGAAAUGAAGGAUAAGCACACACCGACUCUCAGACUUUCUCAACUGCCAGAAGGUGCCUAUGUCUUCAGAGUGACUGUUUCUGCUGAAAAUGCAUUUGGAGAAGGAUUUGUAAAUGUUUCUGUCCAACCAGCAAUCCGAAUAAAUCAACCCCCUGUUGCUAUUGUCUCUCCCAAAGUACAGGAGAUUUCUUAUCCUAUUACUUCUACCUUCAUUGAUGGAAAUCGCUAAUUGUCACCGAUUCUGAUGGAGCAGUUAACUCCACAUUAGCUUCCUUGAGAGUCAACAAACUAUUGGAUUCUCCUCCUGUUGCCAGGGCUGGACCAGAUCAGGAAAUUAGUUUGCCUCAAAAUUCAGUCACAUUAAAUGGAAACCAGAGUAAAGAUGAUCAUGAAAUUGUCAGCUACGAGUGGUCCCUGAGUCCCAAAAGUAAAAGCACAAUGGUAGCCAUGCAGGGUGUAAGGAGUCCAUAUCUUCAACUGUCUGCAAUGCAAGAGGGAGAAUAUAUAUUCCAGCUGACAGUAAUGGAUUCUGCAGAUCAGAAGUCAACAGCUGAAGUCACAGUAAUAGUCUGGCCCGGGCAAAACAAGCCUCCUUCAGCCAUGACUGGCCCCGAUAAAGUGUUGACCUUUCCUAUCCGGAGCACGAAUCUCGAUGGGAGCAUGAGCACUGAUGACUUAGGGAUUGUUUACUAUCACUGGGAGAAGAUCAGGUAUUUUGUAUGGAGGGAAGAUGCACACUGAGGCAUGGGUGACAUUAGGAUUGGUGGUGCUAAGAACUGAAAAAGUUUAAGGAAGGCAAGCUGAUAUUUCAUGUGGGGGUGACACAGAUGGUGGGGGAAGGUUUCAAAAAAGCUCAGGAUGGGAACUUCGCCUGCGUAGGUGUAAUCACCACCUUAUCCUUACCAUUUUUGACACAUUAUUAUAGAAGCUUGCAUUUAAAUCCUGCUGAUUGUAUGAUUUGAAUUGGAAAUCUUAGUCGUUCUUAAUCACCUAUUUCUAGUUUGAAACAUUAUCCAUGCUGUUUCCUACAGAAUUGUGACCUCUUGGAAAAAAUAACGUUUCCAGAGCAGUUCAUGGUGAAGUAGGUGCCAACCAUGCUACCCUUUAUAUUAAUACUUGUCCAUUAACUUUGUUACAUUGACAAAGACAGGGAAGGGGAUGUAAUAGAUGUACAGGUGGUCCUCGACUUACAACCAUGCGUGUAGUGACUUAUGACCAUUUCUCACCUGACCAUUGCAACAUCCCCAUGAAUAGGUGAUUAAAAUUUGGAUGCUUGCCAAUUGACAUGUAUUUAUGAUGGUUGCGUCAUCCUAGGCUCGUCGGAGCAUCUUUUGCUACCUUCUGACAAGCAAAGUCAAUGGGGAAACCAGAUUCACUUAACAAU